AUGGUCCGUCACUCAUUUUUCCAGCUCGUGGUCCUAGUCACAUCCCUUGCCCUGCAGGCACACUGUGGUCCCCUUGCGCACCAGAUACGAGGCGCCUGUGCCACCGAAGACCCUGACGAGAACUUCCUCAACGAGGUUGGCCGUCUGAAGUCCACCGAAGCCGCGUCGGCCAAUACCCAAGCCCGAAGGGCCCCUAUUGAGAUCGAAACAUGGUUCCACAUCGUGAGCAGUAAGCCCGAGUCCUCGCAGGUGACAGACGAUAUGACCGAUGCCCAACUGUCCAUCUUGCAAGAAUCUUACGCGGAUUCCGAUAUCUCUUUCCGUCUCGCCGGUGUCACUCGUCACGUCAAUGAUGAGUGGGCCCGGAAUGGAGAUGAUGUGGCAAUGAAGACCGCCCUCCGCAAAGGAACGUAUCGCACCCUGAAUGUUUACUUCCAAACGGAUCUUCAGGCCUCCCCCGGGCAGUCUCAGCGUGCCCUCGGACCCAGGGGCGAUCUGACAUCGAGCGUCCUUGGGUUUUGCACGUUGCCAGACCCCAGCGUCAAUGCCAGCAGCCCGGCCUCUCAUUAUGUCAAGGAUGGUUGUAAUAUUCUGGCCAAGACCAUGCCCGGCGGCUCACUGGAUCUGUAUAAUCGGGGUGGGACCGCAAUUCACGAAAUUGGCCAUUGGAAUGGCCUGUUGCACAUCUUCCAGGGCGAAUCUUGCUCGGCCGACAACGACGGGGACUACAUCAGUGACACCCCUCAGCAGUCGACCCCUACCGAUGGAUGUCCCUCCCAUAAGGAUUCUUGUCCGGACAUCCCCGGGGCGGAUGCAGUGCACAAUUUCAUGGAUUACUCGUCUGAUGUCUGUUAUGACAGCUUCACCCCCAAACAAGGAGAACGCAUGCGGAGCAUGUGGUCGUCCAUGCGGGCAGGAAAAUAG